AUGCUGUUCGGACCAUCACUUGAAAGAAAGCACACAACCAAAGUUAGCAAAGUUGUUGUUCAAGAUGGUUAUCGUGGAGACACGGUGACGAUUGAAGUCAAAGAUGAAGAGAUGAAGAAAGGUUGGAUGCAUGUCUUUACAACCGACUACAGAAACGUGCAAUUCGAAAUACUCCGAUGCCCGAUAACAUCAAAAAGAAAAGCAACGAAGAGUCGCCUGAGAUGUCCUGACAAUAUCACUCUUAUAGUAAGUGAUGUGAAAACUCGCGACAGUGGGUUAUACUACAGAGUGAGAUCUCGCACAAAUCGCACUGGUCUGUACGAUGGCCUACUAGACGUUCAAAAAUAUAAGCAAGAUCAAACCAAUGCAACUGUACUUGUCGUUUGGCCCUUUACGCGAAUGGAAGAAGAAGAAGAGAGAAGACGCGCGAAGGAGCGUGAAGAGCGCAGAAUCCGAGAAGUAAUGCUGUCUUACUGGUAUAAGUUAGCUCAAAGAGCGAGAAUGUAUUAUGAGUACUCUCAGAAACAAGGCGACGGGUGGCACUGCAAGUUUUCCACUUUAUUUUUACCUGCAGAAAAGGGGUUCAAAUAA